UUGGUGUGAAAGAAACGACUUGCCUGCAAAUGGUACUAUUUUAUAUUAUGGAACUUCCAUUCGAAACAGUUUUGCUGGCCGUCGUCUCGCGGAGAUUUGCGGUGGGACCAGCUUUCGCGCGUCUGAAUUCGCCUGCUUCUGGCCAGUUCACCCAGAGCCGUGUCUUGCGAUGGUAGUGUAUUUUCGGUGCUGCACGCUGCACUUCCAGUCACAGCAAAGGAAAGUGUGAAAGCAAGUAUCAAGUUGCAUCGUGUGAAAUUAGGCUUUAUAUUGGAGAAAUUUUCGCAAAGAGUUCAUGAACUCAACUGCAAUAAAUGCUAUAUAUUUGCCUGAUUUAGUGCCCGAAGGAAAAAUUACCUACAUACAUAUAUAGUACACACUGCAUAGAUAGCUGCAACAUUAAAUUAGGGGAGUUUAAGUGAAGUGUUUUAGUGCAUAUUGCAACACUAUAUACGUACGUAGCAUCAAAUGGAUUUUAAGUAGAGGAAGUUUGCAAAAUAAAUUCAUUAAUUUCUUCUCCAUAAACUUAGACGAGGUAUUACAUCAAAAGAAAGCAAAAGUGCAAAAGCCUGAAUCGUGCAUCUUGUAAUACACACCACGAGAGCUCCGUUUGCAAAGUUGCUCUCUGAAUGGCUAAAAAGUGAAAUGUUGUGUUCUUCUCUUUCGCAGUAAUAAUAAAACCGUUUGCAAUUUGGUUCAGUUUUUAUUAAAAAGAAACUUAAACUAUAUAAUUACACUUGAAUACCCACACGGAAGAUUUGUAUGUAAGAGAGUAAUUCCUCAUUUUUGAACAAAACUCCUCUUGAAAUUGUUGUUGUCAAUUGUAUGAAUCUGCACAAGUGAAAGUGAAAUUGUGAAAAAUGACCGCUAGUAGCGGAAAACAGUUACCAUCUAAAACUUUCAAUGAAAAAUCAGCAUCAACGUCAUCAGAGGCUGCCAGUAUGCUGAGAACGGCUAUUUAUACAAUUGUCGACGUUAUCGUCUUCCUUCUUGUCUCACUGGGAUAUUGCAUUCAGGAUUGGUACUUUAUAAUAUUUGGUAUGCCAAAAAAGAGUCUCAAAGGUGAGAUAGCUCUGGUGACUGGAGGAGGAGGAGGACUUGGAAGACUGCUAGCUUUAAGACUUGUACGGAAUGGUGCUUCAGUUGUACUUUGGGAUAUAAAUCCAGACGGUUUAGAUGAAACUACAAAACUCGUACAGUCAAUAGGAGGUCACUGCAAGAGUUAUGUUGUGGAUAUCUCAAGAAGGGAAGAAGUGUACAAAGCAGCUGAUCAAGUGCGAAAUGAAAUUGGUGAUAUUACAAUACUCAUCAAUAAUGCCGGUGUGGUGUCUGGUCGAGUACUCUUGGAUACUCCUGAUCACCUAAUCGAACGAUCCUUCAACGUAAACGUAAUUGCGCAUUUUUGGACUGCAAAAGCGUUUCUUCCUGCAAUGCUUAAAAAUAAUCAUGGGCAUAUUGUGACGAUUGCAUCUCUAGCUGGACAAGUGGGAAUUUCCAAACUUGUUGACUAUUGCUCGAGCAAAUUUGCCGCAGUUGGUUUUGACGAAGCCAUCCGGUUGGAAUUGGAAUCACUGCGUGUUAAAGGAGUUCACACAACUUGUAUAUGUCCAUACUUUAUUCAAGCAACAGGAAUGUUUGAUGAUGUCUACUCUAGAUGGGUACCAACAUUAAAAUCAGAAGACGUAGCUGACAGAAUAAUUGCGGCCAUUAGGAGGAAUGAGAAAUUAGCUAUUGUGCCUUCCUAUCUGAGAUUUAUGCUGGCUCUAAAAUGGAUUUUUCCAUGGGGAUGUACAGCAGGAUUCCUAAAGCGACUCGUACCAGAUGCAUCACCUCAGCAUAGUCUUCAUUCGACUGAAUCCAUGUCGGCCGUAAAUAAUAAUUCAUCUGGAAAAAGUGAAUUAACCAGCAAUGGUACCAGCCAAAUGGGUAAUAAUAAUGAAGGGAAGACAGUUCAAACAUCACCUUUUCUAGUUCAUAGAGUCUCAACGGGUGAAAGGGUUCAUGUAUCCUGUUCGUGGUGUAGAGAUCGCAAUUAUGAUAUGCGCAAGGUGCGGUGUAUGAUAAAAAGUGAUCUAAUUGCAUCGGGAUGUCGUGAGGAAUUCAUUCUGUCCAAUGGGGAAAAUGAAGUGAAUUACAUAAAGAAUGACGAUCACGUUGAUUUUACAAAAUCCAACCCUGAUGCUAUCCAAAUUCAGCCGCAACAUAUCAAAUUGAAAUUGCAAAAGCAGCGCACUCAAACGAUUAAAAUGACUUACAAGCCAGCACUGAAUUAUCCACUGGACUUAUACUACUUGAUGGACUUGACUGUAUCCAUGCGUGAUGAUAAGGAUACGCUCGUUAGUAUGGGAGGAAGCUUAGCGAAAGCUCUCUACGAAUUAACGCAAAACUACAGGCUAGGAUUUGGGAGUUUUGCCGAUAAACCCAAAAUGCCAUUUGUCUUUCCCAAUGAGAAGUAUACGGAGAAUCCUUGUGCCCCAGAGAAGGACGUAUGUGAACCACUCUACGGGUUUCGACAUCGUCUCAAUUUCACGACAAAUAUUGAGAGUUUUGUGCAGAAGGUCAAUUCAAGUGAUGUCACCGGCAACGUGGACAAUCUCGAAGGUGGUCUCGAUGCACUCAUGCAGAUUUUAGUUUGUGGCGAGAAAAUUGGAUGGCAAGAGCGGGCGAGGAAAAUUAUUGUCUUUGCAUCUGAUGGACAAAUGCAUUUUGCCGGUGAUGGCUUGUUGGCGGGAAUUGUGGAGAAGCACGAUAAAUUGUGCCAUUUAAGCGACGAUGGAGAAUACUUGGCAUCCACGCAAAUUGACUACCCUUCACUCGAGGAGAUCUACAGAACGCUCAUGAAGGAGAAGGUUAGCGUGAUAUUUGCAGUGACACGAGAUGUCCAUAGUCAUUAUGAUCAGAUUCACAAUCUCCUGCAUGGGAUGUCCAGCGUUGGUACACUGAUGAUGGAUUCAUCAAAUAUUUUGGAGCUUGUAGGGAAUGGAUACAAGGAAUUUGUGAAGCAAGUAGAAUUCUUCGACAAUGCUCCACCGUAUAUUCGUGUGGAUUACGAGACUACCUGCGGUGGCUACUACAAAUACCCAAAAGCACAGAGACGAUGCGACAAUGUAGAAACCAAUAAAAUGUAUGAAUUUUACAUCAAUAUCACUUUACUUGAUGAGCCAAAGGAUGGUAGGACGAAGGAUACCAUUCGGAUUGAAGAGUCCCACAUCACGGAUGAAUCCUUAGUGCUGGAUAUUGAGAUUGAGGAUGUUUGCGAGUGUCUUACGGAAGAGAUUGGUGAACCUAAUAGCCCGUUGUGCAAUAUGAAAGGAGAGAUGAAAUGUGGCAUGUGCAUCUGUGAAGCAGGAUGGGCUGGUUCACAAUGUGAUUGUGAGCUAUCCAAUUUCGACAGCUACAAAGCCUUAGAGAACAACUGUCGAAUACCAAUAAGAGAUUCUAGGACUAAUGAGACAUCCUACGGAGCUAUAUGCUCAGAUAAUGGGCAAUGCAUAUGCGGAGAAUGCUACUGCAAUGCUGGAAUAGAUGGAAAGUAUUGUGAUUGCCAAGCUUGUCCACUAAAUAGAGGCAAAGAGUGCUCAGAUCAUGGUACUUGUGACUGCGGAGUAUGCAAAUGCUUUGCCGAAUACAGCGGAGAUAAAUGUCAAUGCCCAUCAAAUUCUGUCUGCAAUGCCCCAAACACAGGUAUUGAGUGCUCGGGCAAAGGUAAAUGUGAUUGCGGUCGAUGUGUCUGUAAUCCAGGAUCAAUGGGAAAAUUCUGCGAAGGUGAAAGUCCCGAAGAAUCAUCUCUCUGUUUAUUCUACGAAGAAUGCGUGCUAUGCCUUAUAAAUCGCAGACAAGGAGAAAUUUGUAAUAAUGUCAAAGAUCUCUGCUCGUCCCAAGAUGGUCGAGAGUAUCACAAUGAAUUUGUUCAGACAUCCCCAGAUAAUGAGAUUCGAUGCGUUGUGACGACAAAAGAAAAAUCAAAUCCAAAUGUAACAUGUCGACAUGAAUUUGCCUACGACAAUACCAUUGAUGGUGAAACAUUUUUACAAAUCUAUAUGAAAAAUUGCAAACCCGUAAAUACGGCCUAUUUAUCCGUAAUGGUAGCUCUUGCGACAAUUGUUGCUGGGUUAUUGGGAAUAAUUGCUAAUGUUGUUGUUAUAAAUGAUCUUCAUGCUGGUGCCAGUAAUUCCUCAAUGGAGCUUUCAACAAGUGUAAAAGUGAAGAAAAUCUGGGAUGCAGAAGGAAGAAAAAUUCUUGCUUUUACCCUCAAUGCACCAACACUCCAUGCAGAUGGCAAGGAGUUGUUUACACUACCAAAGUCAGUAGAUGAGGGAUUUCUUUUGGAAUUCGCGGAAGAAGGAACAAAUAUUUAUCUACUGGAAUCCGAUACAGUGUCAAUGAGAAAUUUAAAAAGAGGCAUUGCUUCGGUGUUUCAAUUCUUCCCAGAAAGUGGCUCAAAAACAGAAAUUGAUAUCGCUGGUGAAUGCUCCAUUUCAUACGAUGAGAUAAGUGAUAGAAUAUUUGUGAAGAGGAAGAUUAAAUGUGCAACAAAUCACAAAAAUAUUCACCAAAGAAAGGAAACUCCUCUUGGAAUUAUCACACCAAAUGCAAGAAACACGGAAUACACCCUCGAUGUGGGAGGAUCUAUUGAAAAAAUCGAAAAUGUUGAAUUUUUCCGGAUUUCUCUAGCUGGAAAUAGAGACAUUGGGGCCACCGUUGAUUCACGUCUAUCACUGAAAUUAAAUGCUCAGAAAGAUGAUGAAGAAUCCAAGAAAAUUUCCUCCUUCGAUGGUAAUAUUAAAGGGCAACUGGUGGAUAUUUUGGGAGCUACACAGACCAUCACAUCUCACAAUGCCGUGAAGAAAGCUCUGGAUUUCUUUAAAGCAGAAAAUUUCCCUUAUGUUGAACGCUACCUUCAAUCUCUAGCAGUUGGAAGUAGACCAAAAUCCGAAGUUAUUGAGGAUCUACUGGAAGUCCUCAAAAGGGACACCCAUGAAAAUGUCAAAUUAACCCAAACUCUUGUUCAGACAAUUUCAUCAAUGGCAAAUAAUUUUGUUGCUCUCUCUGUGGAAAAUUCAAAAACACAAAUCUUCCAAAAUGUUCUCAAUUAUUUCAGAGGAAUCAUUGAGAAAACAUCCAAGACUGAGCGGAAAAUUAUAUUCCUUCGUGGAUUUAUAAAUUUCAAGUCACAAGAAACUAUACCAUUCCUACUGGAUUUCGUCCUCAAGGGUACUAAAUCAGUGUCGACUGUUUCAAUGAAAGCCCUUGUGGCUAUGCCCAGGGAAUAUUUCAGCAUGGAGCAUGUGUAUCAAUUUGAAAAUAUUUAUCAUCAAAAAAUUAAGAAAUUCGACUCGAGCAUAAGAACAAUGGCAGCAGAAAUCCUUCUUGAUCCACUCUUUUACACAACAUCAAUCAGAGAUAUGAUAAAUGCAUUGAAAUUACCAGGAGAUUCAUACGAAGUUAAGCAAUAUUUCAUGCAGAGGCUGCGGAUGGAAUGUGAAAUGAGCAAGGAGUUCCGUGCAUAUGUCUAUGGAAUUAUUCAGCAGGAUCCAACACUCAAUAAUUACAAUAUUUUUGCAACAAGAGGACUAUCAACUGCUCUCUCACGCCAAUUUCUUGCAGCACCGUCUUUCAAUAGUAGCCUAGUUAGUGUGCAAGAAAUUGAUCAGGGGAUCUUGAAACGGGGCAUCGUUGAUAUGUUACUGGAGACGGAAACAAGUAAAUUCAGCUACUUCACAAUUGGACUGUUUGCUGAUGGAUUGACUUCAUUCCUUGGAAGUUCCGAUUCGGAUAAGGAGGAUCCUCAAGAGGAAGCUACCGAAACAACAGCUGGAAUGGAACUCAUAGUUCAAGGAAACUACUUGAGACCUCUUGAAUUUUUCCGUGGCCAAGGAGAAUUGAUGGGUCACGUGUGGAGUGGAACAGCCUCAGAAUUGACUCCUGCUUAUCAAGCAACAACCCUCCUUCAUGAUCACAACGAUGCAAUUUGGCUUCAGAAUGGGCUAUCAGUGACCAUUGAUCUCUUGGGUGCAAUGUCGAUAAACUUGAAUGGUCAAGUAACCAUUAGUAUUUGGUAUCGAAGUGCAAAAUCUCGUGUUUUGCAAGAAAUUGGCCUGGCUGUCUAUGGACGAGUGUCUGUUAUCAAUGACUACGUGAAGAUGGCAAAUGAAUUUGUAAUGCAACAAGAACCUAAACUUGAUCUAGUCUCAGACAUUGAUUUCUCAGGCAAUCCCAUAUUAUGUAUGCAACUAAGUCAACCUAAUUCCGAAGUCAAAUUAACCCACACGAAGACUCUGGACAUCGAGGGGCUUCAGAAGAAGUUUAAGAAUGAAGCACGGACGAAUAUUUAUCAAAAUUUAUAUGCUCAAGAAAUAUCGUGGAAGUUAGUUUUAUGCAAAAAGGAUCUAAAGAAGGUGAUAUUGUUACAUAUAGUAGAGGAACUUCCAAGGACAGGGUUGCCCAAAAAAAUUUCUUUCAACAAAAUGGAACCACGAGCAAAAGUUGCGCAUCAGCGCAACAAUACAGAUUGGACGAUUCCUGGGCAGAAUAUAAAUCGUAAUGUGGCUGCUAAAGGAUACCCCAAACAGCGAUAUUCCCCAUACUAUGGGAAGAACCCCAGCCCAGCCGUGACGCAGCAGCAACUUCUUUUGGCAUCCGGGAAGAAUAGUAUUGAUGUGGGAAAUCGCACCUUACCCCCAAUCCCAUUGGAUGCUGACACAAAAUCCUCCUCAGUUACCCUCCAAAUAAGUAAUCUGGAUUCAUCAUUUAGCGAAACUAUGCUGUGGAAUUACCUCAUUUCAAUGCUAAAACCCAUAACCCCGGUGAUCUCUCUCAAAUUCGAUUCGCACUCUUGUGCCAAGGUAACGGUGCCUUCGGAUCACUUUGCAAAAUUAGUCAUUUCCCACUUACAUCGCAAAAAGGUGGGCCACAAAAGAAUCCUCGUUUCAUACAACCGAGAUAUCUCAUCGCACGAAUACUCAACCCUUUGCUGCCAAGUUGGGUGUCUUCUCAAGGAUAUUCCCAAUCAUUCCUUGCCACUGUAUAAAUUUCGCGAACUCUUUCAGUCACGCUUUAAGAUAACAAUCAAUCAAUUGGAGCUGUACAAGAUGAAGGAUCUCUGUACGAUUGGCUUCAAUGAAAGUGGCGAUAAGUGCAUCACACUCAAUUCCAACUAUGUCCACAAACUCUCUGAGAAUCCACUCAUGAAUACAAGUCUCCAGCAUAGUGUACCCUACUGCAGGAUUCACUUUCAGCAGGAGCAGCAAUUUAAGGGAUGGGCAGAAAUGGAGAUUGAACCACUACCCAAUGUUAUGCUAACCCUCAAUCAAAUGAGCGUCAUACUGCAAUCACUCCUCAAGAGUCAUCGUGGUGAUAUUCCCAUUGCCUCACUGCUGUACUGCAUCCGAUGUUGCCUGGAUUUUCCAAUAUUUCCCAAUGAAAAUGGCGUUAAUUUCGAACACUUGAUCUGCUGUAUCCCUGGCACACAAAUCUGCAGCAAUGCCUUUGGGAUUCGCAUUCUAACAUGGCAGGAAAUUAAUGAAUACUCCAUGAUUGAAAAUUCAUCCCCACCACUCGCAACUGAUCCACUCCAUCAGAUCUCAAAGGAAGUCAUCGAAUUGCUCAAAGUCACCCCCAAGGCUACACUGCAGUUCAACAAAUUCAUCCCUGCGUACCACAAUCACUUUGGCAAGCAAUGCCGCGUUGCAGAUUAUGGGUACACGCGCCUAAUUGAUCUCUUUGAAGCCCUCUCAAAUGUUGUUCAGGUGAUGGGAGAGGGUGAAAGUCGAUUGAUCACACUCACGCAUCGUACGCAAAUUCGUCGUUUCACCGCAGAUCUCUACAAAGUUCUCAGGUGUCAGGUGAAUAAAUCCAUUUUGCUCUCACAACUUCCGGAGGUGUUCAGCCAAGCCCAGAAUCGUCCGUUUGACAUCACAGAUUACGGAGUAUGCUGCAUCACGGAUAUUCUUGAUGGUUUGCGAUCCAACAACACAGUGGUCAUUCAGGAUGUUUCAGAUGAUGGUGAUAUGCUCAUUUCCAUUCCAAAGAGGAAACAAACUGUAGCGGAAAUAGAAAAUACCUGCGUCUUUGCGGGGGAGGUAGUUGAAUUGUGCCGAAAUGCAUCGCAAUAUUCAAUAUUAUUCCAAAAAUUCGUCCGAUACUACCACUACCAUUUUGGCUUUCAAUGUCGCCUCAGUGACUACGGAUUCCUCAAGUUGGCUGACCUCCUUGAAGCAAUAACUGGAGUGAUUGAGCUUGAAUUCACCAAUUAUGAGCAAAAGAGAAUUUAUCUAGCUCCCAAAGUAGCUCAACGUGUCUUUGUGGAGCAGCUCUAUCAAAUAAUUCAGUCAUACACUGGAAAUUCCUGCACACCGAUGAAGCUAACUAACCUUCUGCGAUAUCACAAAGAUAAAUUUGGCUACCAAAUUAUUCCACAAACUUUGGGAUUUGCAAAAAUGGAGGAAGCUGUAUACAGUCUACCUUAUUUGGAAGUGAUUGAUAAGCAAGGACUUCUCUGGGUUCUUUGUCACUACGGCAGUCAAACAUUCAACACAUUGUGCUACGUUGCUUGUUCUGUAUUCAUUGAAGCCCGCACGGAUCGAAUGAUUUUGGGGGAUUUUAAGAAAAUCCUACAGGAAAGAAAUGUCCCAGUUGCAGACUCAAAAAUCCUUGCAAUGAGUCAAAUACUGGAGGUGGGAGUCGUUAAUGGAUUGAAAAUGAUUUUUUUGAGUCCUACAAUAAAGUUCCUAUUCUCUGUGAUUGAUGUUCUGGACAAACGAUUCUGCCUCUCUAUAGUGGAUCUCAAAACGCUAUUGAAUCUGACCCUUACAAGCUGUUUUCAAUUUGGAUACCCAAAUUUAUCUACAAUGCUCACAGCAUAUCCAGACAUAUUUAUCCUAUCACCAUCGACCAAUAUCUGUGAUCGUUGCACUGUGAAAUUGAAUGAGAAUUUUGUUCUUUUUAAGUACAACUUGAAUGACUAUCUGCAAUCCAUCAAGAAUAGUCCUCCAGUUCAAAUAUCCUCUCCGCCAAAUGAGAUGCUACCACCUCCCAGGAAUUGUUCCGGUAUCCCACCUCCACCAGGUUUAGGAUUUCCCUCCAACCUUAAGACACUCAACAAAGGAAGUUCAUCGUCGUAUGGACAUUUAACUUCAACUCCCUACCAACAGCAGCAACUGGGCAACAUGGAAUCACAUCGUAAACUCUACGAACGGCGCAAUGCCCCAGAUUCGCUCGUGUAUGGCAUGAAUUCUCUGAGUCAUCUUGCAUCCCUCUUUUAUGAACCACCGAAGCCAGAUACGCCAUCAACUACGGCCAAAAUGCCUUUUUGGGUUGAUCCCGUUUGGCGCUAUCAGACAUCCCCGCCAAUUGAGUGCCUCAACAUCCAACUACCAGAACUCAGUACUGUUAACGUCUUCCCAAUUGUUCUAUCCCCUUUCAGUAUUCGCGAUAAAUAUUCGGUGGAUGAUGCUAAGCAGCAAAAAUCACCAAAAAAUCCCAAACAUAUAACUAAUUCCUCCAAAUCCGACUAUAACUAA